AUGUGGAGCCUGGGUGAACCAGCAACAAAAUGCCUGGACCGAAUAAAAGCCCUGUUUGGCGUUGUAAUUGACAAUUGGAACAGCAGUCCACCCCCCUCUAGAGAUACAGUCUAUGUGUCCUCUCUGCCCUCCAGUGCGACAGUGUCCUCUCUGCCCUCCAGUGCGACAGUGUCCUCUCUGCCCUCCAGUGCGACAGUGUCCUCUCCGCCCUCCAGUGCGACAGUGUCCUCUCUGCCCUCCAGUGCGACAGUGUCCUCUCUGCCCUCCAGUGCGACAGUGUCCUCUCUGCCCUCCAGUGCGACAGUGUCCUCUCUGCCCUCCAGUGCGACAGUGUCCUCUCUGCCCUCCAGUGCGACAGUGUCCUCUCUGCCCUCCAGUGCGACAGUGUCCUCUCUGCCCUCCAGUGCGACAGUGUCCUCUCUGCCCUCCAGUGCGACAGUGUCCUCUCUGCCCUCCAGUGCGACAGUGUCCUCUCUGCCCUCCAGUGCGACAGUGUCCUCUCUGCCCUCCAGUGCGACAGUGUCCUCUCUGCCCUCCAGUGCGACAGUGUCCUCUCUGCCCUCCAGUGCGACAGUGUCCUCUCUGCCCUCCAGUGCGACAGUGUCCUCUCUGCCCUCCAGUGCGACAGUGUCCUCUCUGCCCUCCAGUGCGACAGUGUCCUCUCUGCCCUCCAGUGCGACAGUGUCCUCUCUGCCCUCCAGUGCGACAGUGUCCUCUCUGCCCUCCAGUGCGACAGUGUCCUCUCUGCCCUCCAGUGCGACAGUGUCCUCUCUGCCCUCCAGUGCGACAGUGUCCUCUCUGCCCUCCAGUGCGACAGUGUCCUCUCUGCCCUCCAGUGCGACAGUGUCCUCUCUGCCCUCCAGUGCGACAGUGUCCUCUCUGCCCUCCAGUGCGACAGUGUCCUCUCUGCCCUCCAGUGCGACAGUGUCCUCUCUGCCCUCCAGUGCGACAGUGUCCUCUCUGCCCUCCAGUGCGACAGUGUCCUCUCCGCCCUCCAGAGCUCGAGCGUCCUCUCCGCCCUCCAGAGCUCGAGCGUCCUCUCCGCCCUCCAGAGCUCGAGCGUCCUCUCCGCCCUCCAGAGCUCGAGCGUCCUCUCCGCCCUCCAGAGCUCGAGCGUCCUCUCCGCCCUCCAGAGCUCGAGCGUCCUCUCCGCCCUCCAGAGCUCGAGCGUCCUCUCCGCCCUCCAGAGCUCGAGCGUCCUCUCCGCCCUCCAGAGCUAGUGCGUCAUCUCCACCCGAGUCCAUGCCCCCCCCACCAGCCAGCAAAGACACCACAGUUUUGAAAAGAUCAAAGAGAGUCCCAAAAGCGACUGCUAAAAAUGCAGCCAAAAAUAUUUGUGAAGAGUGUAACAAGCAGCAGACAGCAGGAAGUUACCCUAUGUCUAAGAUAAUAAAGAAGCGGGGGAAAAAAGUUCUUGUGGAAUGGCUUCCAUGUGGGACUUGUAAGCGUAUAUGGAAGCCGACUUGGGAGCCUCUUGAGAAUUAUGGACAUUGA